GCCAAAAAUGUGAGGUCUUGUUUGUCUCUCUUUUCCUUUUCGCCAAAACAAAGGAAAUCCCUCCUCUCUUUUUUUAUUUUGUAAUUUCCUUCUUCCCCAAGGAGCUAAGAUGGCGUGAUAUUUGAUUAUCUAGGAAUCAGUUCGUGGUUGAUUCUGCUUCCACACUUAUUGCCGAUGGAGAAGAAGAAAGAAAUGGAGUGCAACGAACAAAGAUUCAGUGGCUGAGAUCUGACCAAAUAUUCGAGAUGUGAAAUCAACGGUCACGAUUUGUCCAUCACGGAACCAAUGAUAACCUAUCUACACGGGAGUGAAUUCUGUGCUCCUCAGCGUCAGAAGAAUGACGAUGCGUCCAAUUCCAAUCCAGGAUUGAUUCUUUCACUGUUUGAAUGUCGUUUUGAAACAAUGCUAUGUAAUCCGAUUGGUCAAAUAGCAGAUUUUGGGCCAAACACAGUAUGGAUGUUCGCGGAUUUAAGAUGUUCACCAAUCACCAUCUUUCAGUACAAAGGAACAUUCGAUGUCUUCAACAAGAUAAUUCGCCAGGAGGGAUUUUCUAGGUUGUGGAGAGGGACUAAUGCAGGUCUGGCAUUGGCAGUACCAACUGUGGGAAUCUAUUUACCUUGCUAUGACAUAUUCCGCAACUGGAUGGAGGGGCGUGCAAUAGAACAUAUGCCUGUCCCUGAUGCAACUCCAUAUGUUCCUUUGGUUGCUGGCUCAUUGGCUAGAUCAAUAGCAAGUGCAACAUGCUACCCGAUUGAGCUUGCGAGAACAACACGCAUGCAGAGACAUUUAAGAUCACUCAAAUCAGAAAGAAGCUUCCUGGAGUUUUUAGUACCCUUCUAGGAUUCCUCUCCAAUAUCAAGGGAACAAACCGUCAGAGCAGUUGUAAGUUAAUCUCCUCAAU